AUGCCGAGCUCCUCCCAGGGCCGGCAGAAUGGCCCCUGGCCAGAGCCCUUCUCCCUGCUUUUAGGCCUUGGCGCCACCCUCUGCCUGGGCUACUUGAUCCGUGCCCCAGGCAGCGGAGGGGUGCUGCUCCCCGAGGAUGCGGGCAAACGUUUGGGGAAGGGCGGGGUAGAAGUCAUCCUGAGGGGCCUGCUGGUGACUGGGUUUCUGGCCUUCCUGGAGCAACACUGUCCAGUCACUCUGGAGACUUUCUACCCUACGCUAUGGUGUUUUGAGGGGCGGCUACAAACCAUCUUCCGAGUCCUACUGCGGUCCCAGCCUCCAGUCCCUUACUGGAGUGAAGUCCUCCAAACCCCAGAUAGAGGCCAGGUCCUGAUAGACUGGGUUGGCCUGCGCGGCAGCAGUCAGCACCCGGAUACUACCCAGCCCGUUGUGUUAUUACUUCCCAGCAUCCCGGGCAGUAGCCAGGACUGCUCUAUCUCCCAUAGCCAAGCUCUGAGGGAUGGUUACAGAGCUGUUGUAUUUAGUAACCAGGGCUGCCGUAGGGAAGAACUGCUGACCCGCAGGGUCUUUUCUGCCAGCAACACUGAAGGUCUGGAGACAGUUGUGAACCACAUAAAGCACCGCUACUCCCGAGCUCCACUGCUGGCUGUGGGCAGCUCUCUUGGAGGGGUAUUAGUGCUGAACCACCUAGCCCGAACAGGGCAGGCUUCAGGGCUGGUGGUGGCACUAACUCUGUCUGCAUGCUGGGAUUCCUCUGAGACCACAUGCUCCCUGGAGACUCCACUCAACUCGCUGCUCUUCCAACAGUGCCUCACUGCUCAGCUCUGCCACACUGUGAACUGAAACAGAAAGGUGAUGGAAAAGGCGGUGAAUGUAGACUUCCACAGGCAGGCCUGCACAAUCCGCCAGUUUGAUGAAUGCUACACCACUGUGGCCUUUGGCUAUCAAGACUGUGUUACCUACGACCAAGCAGCUAGCCCAAGAACCAAGGUAGAUGCCAUCCAGAUUGUGCUCUGCCUCAACAGAGCUGACGACCCCUUCUCCACCAUCUGCGCUGUUCCCAUACAGGCUGCCCAACGCUCUCCCACGUCGCACUGCUACGUGACCCGCCUCUUACGUCAGUACGCCAGAGCCGUCUUCCAGCACCCAUCGGACCUGCCCAACCUCGGGGACCUCUUACCUUCCAACAGAGGCAAGAGCUGA